UGAUAUUUCGCUGCAGGUAAAUGUGUCUAGUUACUUGUUAAUUCGAUAUAUUAAUAUGGUCCAGGUGAAUACGCUAUCAAAUGCUCUCCUUGCCAUGCUCAUCUUGCCACUUCUUCGCUAUAAACUGGUAAACCCCGAUCGUCUUCAUGACGUCCGAGGGACACGCAAUGGUUCCAAACAAUUUUACACGACAUAACAGCAUCCUCGACACUUUCAAGCAGGAAUCACAAGCCAGCUACUAUAGAUAAGGAAGUCAACUACCGUAAGUACAAUGUCUCUGAAUUUCCGGACGUGGAUAACCGUUGUAAUGUUUCUAGUUUUUCGUCAAGCGCGGUAGGAGUCAUCUGUGGGAGCAAGUCCUGAGCACUUUGGAGCGGGUGGAUCCUAGUUUUGAAGCUUGUCUGCGAGUAGCCUGCUAGGUUGACUCAGUUACCUUCAGAUACUUCCCGAGCCACAUCCAGGUAGACCCCCAUUUUACUCCGAGGUAUAAUGUCUGAGAGCAAAGGAAGGCUCUUGGCCUGUCCAGAGUGUGACUUCUUCAAGAGCUUACAUCGCGGUAACGUCAGCAAUCGAGACGGCGAAUAUCCAAAAUUAUAUCACUAUAACAGCAAUCUCCUCAAUAGCGGGAAUCAAUCCACGCGGAUAUUGUCAUGACUGCCAUGGGCCUCAACCUCCAAAUUGGCGGCGGGGUCACUCUUGAAACCAAUGCAAGCCCUUGCGAUAUUUCCAAAGCAUUCCAGUGCUCCGUGGACUAUGGGG